UGGCGGAGCGGGGCGCUGAGGAGAGGGACUGAAGGAGAAGUGGCUGCUGCUGGGUGUGCGGGCGCGAUGCAGACCCUGAAGCCGAAGCCGAAGCAUCGCCCCUUCUGCUUCAGCGUGAAAGGCCACGUGAAGAUGCUGCGGCUGGCACUAACUGUGACAUCUAUGACCUUUUUUAUCAUCGCACAAGCCCCUGAACCGUACAUUGUUAUCACUGGAUUUGAAGUCACCAUUAUUUUAUUUUUCAUAAUUUUAUAUAUGCUCAGACUUGAUCGAUUAAUUGACUGUUUAUUUUGGCCUUUGCUUGAUAUUAUCAACUCACUAGUAACAGCAGUAUUCCUGAUAAUCAUAUCUGUGUUGGCAGUGAUGCCAGAAACCACAACAUUUACAGUCCUUGGAGGGGUGUUUGGACUCUUGGCAGCAGUGUGCUGUAUGGCCGACGGGGCCCUUAUUUACCGGAAGCUUCUGUUUAAUCCAAGCGGUCCUUAUCAGAAAAGUGCUAUUCAUGACAAAAUAUAAAUUUUGUAAUUUUAUAUUCCUUUUUAGUUGAUGUUAAG